AUGAGACAACGACCACAGGCGUCCACAGCUGCAAAGGCCCUGGUACAGUACCGGAGUGAGGCGCAGAACCAGUCCGGAGAGCUGAAGGCGCGGGCGAAGGCACAGCAGGGGCCACCCGCGACGCCUGAGAGGACAACGUCCAGGCCCACGUCGCCUUCUCCGAAACCAAAGGCAGCCAAGGCGGCAGGCGGCGAGCGCUCGCCGCCCUCACCAAAACCCAAGGCAGAAGGCAAGGCGGAAGCAAAGCGGCCGCCGCCCUCACCCAAGCCAAAGGCGGAAGCAAAGGCGAAGCCUGGCAGUGUGGGGAGAAGGCCUGGGGCAAAGAGCCUGGGAAAGGCGGAAGCUGCAGAAGACGAGCAGCCGUCGCGGGCACCGAGCUCAGAUCGGAGUAGAACAGGGUCGCCGCCCUCUCCGCCCAAGGCGAAGGCCAAGGCAGGAACACCCGAUUCGAAGAGGGCCCAGCUCGCGCCACCCAAGGCGAAGGCCUCCUCACGCGAGGCCAGCCCGCACGGGCGUUCCGCGCCCAAGGCUGCCCCCGAUGCAAAGGCUGCGAAGGUGGCUUCGCCAGCCAAGCCCAAGGUGCCCUCGAGUGCAAGGCCGGAUGCUGCUGCCAAGUCGAAGGCCGCUGCCCAGUCGCCGCGGUCUCCACCGGCGAAGAGCAAGGCCGGUGCUGAUGCACCGCCGUCGGAUCAGCCGGAAGACAACCGGGCAAAAGCUAAAGCGCCUGUGCCGCGGCAGAAGGAGGGCGCAACCCUUGCUAGGCCGAAAGAAAGCAUUCCAAAGGCUGCAAAGGCUGCAGGUCAGCGGCAGGUACGGGUGACCUCCAGACUUUCCACAGAUUCCGAAGGUCCUCACGAAGCCACGGCCACGCCUGCUGCACCCGCGGACGCACCCGACAUGGAGGAAGGUGAGAGCAUGGAGCUUGAGGAGGAUGUCCGCCCGGAAACCUCGAGUCGCAUGCGGCCUCCUCGGAAGCGAGACUCGCAGGGCAUGGUGACGCUGCGCGAGGGUGAGCUCGAAAGCAUCUCAAGCAUUGUGCCAACGGGACCCGAGGAGCAGGAGGGCAUGGAGGACCCGUCGGCCCAGCCUUGGCAGAAUCGCUGGCGUCGGCAAUCGUCUCCUCAGGCCGAGGGCGAGGAGACCCUGGAGGCAUCCACCUCCGACUCGGUGCGCCCCAGUGGCAUGGUCACAUUCAAGACUUUCGAGUCCGAGGAUGAGCAGCCCUCCAUUUGCCGCCGGGAUACAGCAGACUCUGCGGAUGCAGCGUUCGCACCGGUCGUCAGCGAAAGGUCCCACAUGUCUCAAGCGAGCCUCGGCAGUGUGGACCAAGGCUCUCAGUCGAGAAGAGCCAGUAAGGAGCUUGCUUCGGAGGCCAAGCUCGUGAGCAUCACAGACAGCCGGGAGGACAUCCCCGUGCUUCCAGCCCCAGUGGAGUCCAGGAGGCGCACCGUCGUAGCGCGCGAGUUUCUGCCGCCGCCAACCGACACACAGCUCGAGGACCCUUCGCUUAACCAGAAGUCCCGUGAGGCAGAGGUGCAGAAGGUGCCUUCGGAGCAGCCAGCAAGGCGUCCUAGCCAGGAGGAGAAGCCGCCAAGGGUGGACCCCAUGCCAGACAAGCCAGCAGAGGAGGACAGUGAGGAGCACUUGGUCUUACCCGAGCCGACAGAUGCGAACGCUCCUGUGGAGGACGUGAAGGACCGGUCACUACGAGAUCUCCCGCCACCGGAGCUCCCGAAACAGCCGAUUCCCGCCGAGGACCGUGCUUCCCAUCGUUCCGAUUCCCCGCGCAAUCGCGUGCGUGUCAAGAGUCGAUCGAGCUUCCCUGAGGGACAGCAGAGGCCGAUCCGCGCCGAUGGUCUGCAGGAGUUAUUGCAGGAGGUUUACGACAAGUUCCGGAGCUGCUCAGCUCAUCUGCGCCAGAGCGGCAGCCGGCAGGUGUCGCCCUCCGGAGAGCAUGUCGCAGGUUCUGAGGACACGGACCUGGCCGAUACGUGGCAGGAAGUGGAGUGGUUGCGUCAAGCAGUGGUUGGAAUGCACAGCCACUUGCUGCUGGCGCAGAAGCGGCAGCACGCUCUGGAGAAGAAGUGCAAGGACUUCCAGGAUCGAAUCUCCGAAGUCCGGCACGGCGUCAAUGGAGGCGAAGCAGAAGACGCCGCUGCGACCGUCUCUGCACCCACAGAGCGGCGUAAGCCGGAGAUUCUGGUUCAGCAGCAGGAGCAGCCCACUCUGACCACCAGCACUGUUGUCGGCUACGACGCGCCUGCAAGGCCGCUGCAGUACCUCCAGGCUCCGAGCCAGGUGAGUCCGCCAAUGUCCGCGCCAUUGCAGGCAUCUGGCAUGCGUUGGGUGGUCGAAUCACCGCGUGCUGCCAUGCCCCGCUCAGCCGCCUCAACACCGCCAGUCUCGGCAAGGACGCGCGUGAUCGUCGAGCAGUCCACGCUGGCGCGGCCGCAUGAGGGCCAGGGCCUGCGAGCGACACCUCCGCACCAGCUCAGAAGUCCGGCUUCCAAUGCUGCCAUAUAUGCAAUGCCGACAGCAUUGCCUGGGCAGGCGACGCCGCCUCGGCCUCGCCUUCAACAGGCUCCGCUGGCUGCGACGGCGACGCCGCCGACGCCGACGGCCCCUGUGUACAUGGCUCCAGUGGCUUCAAUGGCUCCCAUGGCUCCAAUGGCUCCCAUGGCUCCAAGACCGGAGAUGUCGGCAACGCCGCCGCACCCUUACGUGCGCUCGGCGUGCUCCCCACCAGCUACACCUCCGCGUGGCCGGUCGGAAGCGAAGUGGGUCAGAAGCGGGCAGGCUACGAUGGUUCCUGCACUGGCGGCGAAUCCCGCUGACUACUUGUCUCGGUCGCUAACGCCCACCCGCAGCGCUCCAGUGUCGCUUCCAGUUCAGGUGGAUCCCCUCGCCUCACCGCGGGCAGUCUCCGCAUCCCCGGCAAAGGGCGUCAGGGCGUGGCUAUCGCCUUCUACCCAAAGCACAGGCCUGCUCUAUGGUUCUGGGUCCAUUUCUACCUUCGCAACGCAACUCAGUCAAGUUCCUGAUUGGGUGCCGGCGCUUCCGGCUCCUCCUCCCAUUGUCAACGUGCAGCCCAGGUUUGCCAUGCCUGCAAACCCAUUCCUGAGCCAGUCCCUACCCUGA